AUGGACGCCGCAAUCGCCGAAUGGCAAACCCGCUCCGAGGACCUCAAGCCCCUCAACCUCAAGCAAAUCGAGCCCCACCUCCUUGAACUCGACGCUCACCUUACCCUCCGAAGCCACAUUGUUGGCUACACGCUGUCCGACGCUGACACAACAGUAUGGAAAACAAUUCGCGAGAACCGCGUUGCGCAUGCGUUUGUCAAGCAGGACUUAAUGAAGAACUUGUGCCGCUGGUUUAGGUACAUUGAGGAGGCAUAUCCGCAGAGUGUUGUUGUUGUUGUUAGUGGUGGACAGGGCAAGAAGGAGGAAGGCACCAAGGGAGGCAAGGGCAAGAAUGAUGAUGCGAAUUAUGAUAUUGGGCUGCAGGAUGUAGGGGAUGGAACGGGGAUUGUUACUAGGUUUCCUCCAGAGCCUUCAGGUUAUCUCCACAUUGGUCAUGCAAAGGCAGCGCUACUGAAUGACUACUUCGCGCACGAGAAAUACAAGGGCAAGCUGCUCCUACGGUUCGACGAUACCAACCCCACCAAAGAGAAGCAGGAGUUUCAAGAUGCCAUUGUCGAGGACUGUGCGCUUCUCGGCAUUAAGCCAGACCAGGUCUCGUACACUAGCGAUUGGUUUGACCAGCUAUAUGAAAGCUGUGUGCAGGCAAUUAAAGAUGGGCUUGCGUAUGCCGAUGACACUCUGCAGGAGAAGAUGCGUGACGAGCGCAUGAAUGGCAUUGCCAGCGCUCGCCGUGACGCAAGUGUUGAGGAGAACCUGGCGCACUUUGAGGAGAUGAAGAAGGGUAAUGAAGAGGGAUUGAGGUGGUGCAUUCGCGCAAAGAUGUCUGUCGACGACCCGAACAAGGCCAUGCGCGAUCCCGUCAUUUACCGCUGCAACCCCCAGGCACAUCACCGCACAGGCGAGAAGUGGAAGAUCUACCCAACCUACGACUUCUGCUGCCCCAUCGUCGAUGCUUUAGAGGGUGUUACUCACGCACUGCGCACUACCGAGUACAACGAUCGCGAUGCACAGUACCAGUGGUUCAUCAAGAACCUCAAGCUCCGCAAGGUCCAUAACUGGGGGUUCGCACGUCUUAACUUUGUCCGCACUGUUCUAUCAAAGCGCAAACUUACCAAGAUUGUGGAUGCUGGUAUUGUUUCUGGCUGGGACGAUCCGCGCAUGCCUACCGUUCGAGGUGUUCGUCGCCGCGGUGCUGUCAUUCCCGCGCUGCGCGAGUUCAUCCUUAAGCAGGGACCAUCAAAGAACAUUGUCAACCAGGAUUGGUUCGCUUUCUGGGCUACUAACAAAAAGCAUAUUGAGCCAACCGCAGCGCGCUACACAGCUAUUGACGACGAUGGCCGCGUCCCCGUCACAAUCAUCGGUGCACGUGAGGGUGUGAUCUCCGAGGACAAGCCCAAGCAUGCCAAGUACGAUCUCGGCAACAAGAAGAUUGUCUUCAGCUCAUCCGUCAUCAUGGAGCAGGCCGACGCGCAGUCAUUCGCGCAGGAUGAAGAAAUCACGCUUAUGAACUGGGGCAAUGCCAUUGUCCGCAAGAUCAGCCACUCCAUUAACCCUCUCGAGAUGGCGAAGCAUGGUCUGAAGACCGUCACCGGUCUGGAACUCGAGUUGCACCUCCAGGGAGACGUGAAGAAGACAUCGAAGAAGGUUACUUGGUUGAGUAAUGAUCAGGAUCUCGUGCCCAUCGAGCUGGUUGACUAUGAUUACUUGAUCACAAAGGACAAGCUCGAGCCCGAUGACACCCUGGAGGAUUUCCUGAACCCACAGACUGAGACAAGGACCAAGGCCAUGGCUGACUGUAAUGUCGCCGGGCUCAAAGUUGAUGAUAUUGUGCAGUUUGACCGCAAGGGCUUUUUCCGUAUCGAUCGUGCGUUUGCUCAUGGGGAGCCGGUGGUUGCAUUCCAGAUUCCUACGGGUAAGAGCAAGUAAUGGUUCUGCGAAAUUUGAGCCCCAGCCUACUCAUUCUCUUUGCUAUGAAUGCGCGAGCGGGGAUAUUCUGAGAUACCACAAAAGCUGCACUGUAGUCACAAAUCAUCAUACAAUAAAUGAUGAAUGGAACCU